AUCAAGUGUCCAUUUUGGUAUUAAAUGUACAUAGCACUGUUGACAUGGAGGAGAAAGCAUAUAAAUGUAUCGAAUGUGGAAAGAGCUUUAGUAAGCAUGGAAAGCUGAAGAGACAUCAAAGGAGUCACACUGGGGAGAAACCCUAUAACUGCCUGGAGUGUGGGCAGAGCUUCACUCAUAGUUCAAGCCUACGUAGACAUCAAAGGACUCACACUGGGGAGAAACCCUAUAACUGCCUGGAGUGUGGACAGAGCUUCACUCAGAAGGGACACUUACAUACACAUCAAAGAACUCACACUGGGGAGAAACCCUAUAACUGCCUGGAGUGUGGACAGAGCUUCACUCAGAAGGGACACUUACAUACACAUCAAAGAACUCACACUGGGGAGAAACCCUAUAACUGCCUGGAGUGUGGGCAGAGCUUUGCUCAUAGUUCAGGACUACGUUCACAUCAAAGGACUCACACUGGGGAGAAACCCUAUAAAUGCCUCGAGUGUGGACAGAGCUUCUCUCAUAAUUCACAUUUACAUAGACAUCAAAGGACUCACACUGGGGAGAAACCCUAUAACUGCCUGGAGUGUGGACAGAGCUUUGCUGUUAGUUCAGGUCUGCGUUCACAUCAAAGGACCCACACUGGGGAGAAACCAUAUAAAUGCCUGGAGUGUGGACAGAGCUUUGCUGUUAGUUCAGGUCUGCGUUCACAUCAAAGGACCCACACUGGGGAGAAACCUUACAAAUGCCUGGAGUGUGGACAGAGCUUUGCUCAGUCGGCACAUUUACGUUCCCAUCAAAGGACCCACACUGGGGAGAAACACUAUAACUGCCUGGACUGUGGCCAGAGCUUUGCUCGUAGUUCAGGACUACGUUCACAUCAAAAGACUCACACUGGGGAAAAACCAUAUAAAUGCCUGGAGUGUGGACAGAGCUUCAUUGAUUGUUCAACUCUACGUUCAUAUCAAAGGACCCACACUGGGGAGAAACCCUAUAAAUGCUUGGAGUGUGGACAGAGCUUUGCUCGUAAUUCAGGACUACGUUCACAUCAAAGGACCCACACUGGGGAGAAACCCUUGAAAUGCCUGGAGUGUGGAAAGAGCUUUGCUCGUAGUUCAGGACUACGUUCACAUCAAAGGAAUCACACUGGGGAGAAACCCUAUAAAUGCUUGGAGUGUGGACAGAGCUUUGCUCGUAGUUCAGGACUACGUUCACAUCAAAGGAAUCACACUGGGGAGAAACCCUUGAAAUGUCUGGAGUGUGGACAGAGCUUUGCUCGUAGUUCAGGACUACGUUCACAUCAAAGGACCCACACUGGGGAGAAACCCUAUAACUGCCUGGAGUGUGGACAGAGCUUCAGUGAUUGUUCAACUCUACGUUCACAUCAAAGGACCCACACUGGGGAGAAACCCUAUAACUGCCUGGACUGUGGCCAGAGCUUUGCUCGUAGUUCAGGACUACGUUCACAUCAAAAGACUCACCCUGGGGAGAAACCCUAUAACUUCCUGGUGUGGACAGAGCUUCAUUGAUUGUUCAACUCUACGUUCACAUCAAAGGACCCACACUGAGGAGAAACCUUAUAAAUGACUGGAGUGUGGACAGAGCUUUACUCAGAGGGGACAUUUACGCUGCCAUCAAAGGACCCACACUGGGGAGAAACCCUAUAACUGCCUGGAGUGUGGCCAGAGCUUUGCUGUUAGUUCAGGUCUAUGUUCACAUCAAAAGA